AUGACAGAAGAAGUUGAUCUAGAACUAGAAACAAAAACAAAACAUUUUGUAAUACCUUAUCACUUAUACUUGUGUAUUGAAUGUGAGCUUAAUCAUAAAAACUUCAUAGUUGCAGUUGUAACUGAUGUUCGAAAUUUACUAAAGCCGGGUUAUCAAUGUACUUGCAGUGAAGUUAAAAGCGAAAUUGAAUCAC